AUGUCUCAUGGAAAAGCUCAGGAAAAUGGUCAAUUCACAGUUUGUAACUACGUGGAAAAAAUGAGGGAGAAGAUUCAGUCGGUGUGCAUGAUAUCUAGUCACGUAGCGAAGGAUGCUAUUGUUAAAAAAGCUAAAGAGAAAACUGAGUAUGAGAUCAAUAAAAAUUUCAUUAUGGACGUUAAUAAUUUGUUUAUUUAUCUUCACAUUGUUUAUAUGAUAGAUACACCAGGCUGUCGUAUCCCGGUUGCGAUGGUUAACUAUUCAUCAAUAAAAAAUUUGAAAAGAGGAUCGUGUGGAAAUCGUGCAGUUUAUUUAAAAAAAGUUUAUGAAAAUAAAAUUAAAGUUUCAAUAAAGGAGAAAGCUAUGAGAAAAUAUUUAAGGAAGUCAUCUAAAUAUGUAUGUUGCUAUAGAUACUUGAAAAGAUUAAGAGGCACAGGCUUUAAGCACAGAAAACUUCGAUUUUCAGAAUGUAAAAGUUUGAAAAACGAACAAAUAUUCUCGCUAGAGAGUGACUUUAUUAAUGUACAGUGCUCCGAAGUCAAUGCUUAUAAUAAAUCGCACCUCGUUUAUCAAGACAUGUACGCUUUCUGUAAAAAAGUAAAUACCACAAAUGUAAAACAUAGUACGAAGAACCGCAAAGAAAAAUAUAACGUCCUCAUUUUGGGAAUAGAUUCAAUGUCUCUGUCUCGAUUUGUUCAAACCAUGACUAGAACUGUGACCUUUUUAAAAAAUAACUUCUGGCCUGGCUUUAGAGGAUACCAUAAGGUAGGUGACAACACAUUUCCCAACUUGAUGGCAGCGUUAACUGGUCAGAAUAUAUCAAACAAUAUUAAAAAAUGUGCCAAAAAGAUGGACAAAUGCAAUAAACUAAUUAUUUGGAGUAUUUUCAAGAAAGCUGGUUACGUGACUGCUUAUGGAGAAGAUUAUUUGCGGCUUCCUGAUAUUUUUAGUAGAGACUAUAUAUUUCACGAAUCACCUACUGACCACUAUUUAAGACCUUUCUUUCUAAAUGGGGAACAAGAAAAAAACAAUCAUUCUUUAUUGUGUACUGGAAAAGUACCGUCUGGUCAACAGCUAUUAGAUUACGCAUACGACUUCAUUAUGACGUACAGAGAAGACCCAUUCCUUGGAUUUUUUUGGGUGAACUCCUUUAGUCAUAACAUAAACAACCGGCCACAAGAAGGCGAUAAAAUUUUCGAAAAUUUCUUAAAUCGUCUCAUUUAUACAACAGCUUUAGAAAAGACAUUUAUAUUCUUAUUAAGCGAUCACGGCGUUCGAUUUGGGGAAUAUCGACACAAUGUAGAAUCGUAUUAUGACGAUCGAUUGCCUUUCUUAUUUUUAAGGAUACCUGAAUUGUUUAAAUAUAAAUAUCCAGAAAAAGUUAAAUCUAUUUUAAUUAACCAAUUUCGACUGGUAACGCCCUAUGAUAUAUUUGACACUUUGUACGAUAUAAACAUGUUGUCUGGCGCUGUACACAAAACAAAUGAGUCUUCCUCUGGACAUCAAAGUAUAUUCAGCGUUAUAAGUGUAAAUCGCACUUGCCAGGACGUUGGCAUUCAUGAUAAGUGGUGUAGUUGCCACAAAUUGUAUCCCCUUGACAUCGAAGAUGCGGAAGGAAUUAAGAGCGUAUAUUUCGUAGCAGCAAAGAUUAAAACUAAAAUAAAAACUAUAAACACCAAACAAUGUUGGACUUGUUUAGAUCUAACUGUAAAAAAUAUAAGCAGAAUACAUUUCUAUUAUGAUAACGAAAAAGUAAAUUUAUAUUAUGUAGUGGCGUUUUCUAUGAUACCGAAAAAUAUUUUCUAUGAAGCUACUGUGUUGAAACAGGAUACAAAUAUGACUGUUGUUGGACCUGUCAGCAUUAUAUCUCCUUAUAAAGGUUUUGGAGAUUGCACAAUUGAUUAUGAAGACAAAAUCUUCUGCGUAUGCCGAAAAAUAACUAAUUGUCAUAUAUAAAAAAUAUUAUGAUUUAAUAAUUUUAGUAUAAGUUACAGGUUGUUGCUUAAUAAGUUACAAAAAUCUUUUAUAAAGCUGUGAUAACAUUAUAUCUUUAUCUUUCAGAAAUAUUUUCUAUUAAUGAUUCAAUUUUCUUUCUUCAUAAUAAAUUAUUUUUACAUA